AUGUCUCUCUUUGGAAAUCAGACUCAGACCCAGCAGUCCGGCGGACUGUUUGGGUCAUCAACGACCGCGAAUAAGCCCAGCCCCUUUGGCGGCGCUGCCACUGGAGGAAGCCUUUUUGGCUCGAACACCACCGGAACGGGAACCCAGCAGAGUAGCGGCGGUCUCUUUGGACAGACACAGAACCAGGGCGCGACAGGUGCUGCUCCUGCUAGCGGUGGGCUGUUCGGUUCGUCGACAGCGACAUCUCAGCCUCAGCAGAGCGGUGGUCUCUUCGGCAACACUACGACACAGAAUCAACCGCAGACGGGCGGACUUUUCGGGAAUACUGCCACCCAGCAGAAGCCCGCUGGUGGUCUCUUUGGUGGAUUGGGCCAGUCGACACAGCAACAGCAGCCGCAGCAGCAACAGACGGGCGGUGGAUUGUUCGGGGGUGCGUUGGGUCAGCAGAAGCCUCAGGGCAGUCUGUUUGGAGCCUCAAUUGGGCCAGUCGGUGCAACAGCCGGGGUCGAGCCUUUGGUCGCCUGGUCGCGCCGUCACUGGAGAUGCAUUGCGCUGACUCUCGUAGUACAUCGGACUGUUCCGACACAGAUCGCGAUCGUCAAGGAUAAAUGGGACACUGCCAGCCGCAAUUCCCCGUUCCGAGCGUACUUGUAUAACCAUGUCGGCGAAGAGGCGGCACCAUUCUACCAACCCGGACCGGACGACGACGAAUCGAAAUGGGAGGAAGCGUUGCGCAAGAGGCCCGCACCUGGCUAUGUGCCUGUUAUUGUGAGAGGCUUCUUCGAGCUGGGCAAGAGAGCCCAGCGGCAAAAGGACUUCCUUACCAUGAUGCAAACUCGCCUCCACGAGAUCAAUAACUGUCUCACCGAAUUGCUCUCCCGCCACGACCUUAAGAUCUCCGUCAGGAUAGCCGACUGCCGGCGGAAGCACCUUGUCCUGAGCAAGCGGUGUCUGGCGCUUGCGGCAAAGACCCAAGUCCUACGCAACCGGGGCUACGCGAUGGACGACGCGGAGGAGGAGCUGAAGAAGAAACUCGCCCUGCUGGAACGCUCAGUCUUCGAUCCCUCCUUGAACGGACGCGAAGAAGAGAUCUGGGCCCGAAUGCUGGCGAUCCGGGAACACUCGAAACGCCUGCAGCUGGAGAUGGAGAAGGCUGGCCCGGGUGCUGCUGCCCAGGCGGAUGACGAAUUGGAUGAACAGACUAUGAAGACUGCUAAGAAGAUAUUGGACGACUAUCAUACCCAGAUCAAGCACCUGCAGAAGGAACUGGAGUCCGUGAGGAAGGACUUCGACGAGGCAGAGAAGCUCCAAGGCCGGGUAGAUCACUAG